AUGACGGGAGCGGAGGUGCAGGAAACCAUCUCACCAGAGUGUAAGCAAUUCUUGUAUAUGGGAACACCACCAAGAGGGCUUGAGGAGCAGCCGUUAAAGAAGAUCUGCCAGUUCUAUGCAGGCAAGCCUCGGUUUGUCACUCUGUACGACACAAUCAACCAUGUCCCCGUUUAUUCUGCAUACACCUUCAAGCGCUCAGAUGGUGUCAAGAAGGUCGAUGUGCCUUGGAUGUAUGAGCCACAGCUCUCCAUGGUGUCUGGCUCCAGAGACAUGGAGCAGUUCCUUUCAUUUAAUGUCCAUAAGAGCUUUGAGGACUCCCAGGCUGUUCUUGAUGACUACACUGACACGGUGAUCUUUGAACGUGGUCAGCUGAACCCUGACGAGCAUCAGGCCCACUUGGAUGACAAAGCAGCCACUUACACUUUGACCAACGUGGUUCCCCGAGUUCGAGAGUUCAACAUUGGUUCGUGGAAAGUCCAUGAACAUGCCAUCCGCCAGAGGCUUAACAAUUACUGCCGUGGAACUGCAUUUGUGGUGACCGGGAUCACCACGUCGGGUGACAUGAUCCGCCGCUUCAACAUCAACCGUCUGGCCAUCCCCACAUACCUCUGGUCAGCCUACUGCUGUCCUGAUUUUGACCACAACGCUCCGUACUCUGAGCGGUCCAAGUUCCCGGCAUUUGCAGCUCACGGACUCAACGAGAGGGAGAACAACAGAGUCCAGGAGAUGACCGUGCAGCAGCUGGAGGACUUCCUGAAGAGGGUGACUUAUGUCAGCAGAUCUUUCCAAAUCUUCUACGAAAACUGUGUCCCAGUGAACAGUGCCAACAGCAUUUAG